AUGAAUCAAAUAAUAAUUGAACCUACGAGUUUAAAAAAUACUUGUCAGAUAUGCUUUAUGCCAGCCGACGGAAUCCACUUCAACGUAGUGAGUUGCAGAGCAUGUGCAGCUUUUUUUCGACGUACUAUUGCACAAAAUUUGGAUUACAAAUGCCGAACUGGUUUCUCUGCAUGCGACAUUAAUAAAGGUUUUCUAUAG